UGAGCUCCGCUGCUGCAGUCUGCAUCCAAACAUGGCCCACGGAGGAGGCAUCAGCUCGAUGGCCGGGCUGGAGGAGAAGCCAGCGGCCUGUGUGGCCAGCAGCACGGCCUUGGCCAUUAGGAACUCGACCAUAAUCGCCCAUCGGCUGUCCAUUUACCUGCCCCAGCUGCUGCUGCCUUCUCGGGAUCCCCAGAAGCUCAUCACCGAAAUCAACUGCUAUGUGGCCCAGUUUCGGGAGCUGCUAAUCUUCAUUGGCCAGGCCCGCGAUUCCCCCGAGCUGCGCGAGAAGAUCAGGAAGCUGCGGCGCAGCUGUGUGGAUGCCUGUAAGCACACCGCCCACCUAAUCACUCCCCAGCCGCGUCACUGCCUGGGCAGCCCCAGUGAGAGGAUGCACCUGACCCUGCUCUACCACCUCACGCUGCAGUUUCAGCACGAGUUGAUCAAGAGCCAUCGUCUGAUCCAGCUGGUGCCCUUGGACAUGACGGAGUACUAUGCUCCAUCCCGCACAGCUCCGUCCAAUCUGGGCAAUGUCAUCAGCCAAUUUCUGCUGUGCAAGCAAAUCAAUCCCGACUUUCAGCAGGAGGAGCUGUGCAGCAUUGUUAAGGACUCGCAGGAGCUCAGCGAGCUUUUGGAGGAGCUGCAGGCCCACAUGCCCUUGACAGAGGCUUCUCCGGAAUCCGACCUGGAUCCAGCACAGAAAUCUGAAAGUAGUCUGGUUUCCCUUAACACUCCGGAUUGGUAUGUGCGGCAGCGCAGACGGAGUUGCAAGAGCCGGAGCCGCAGUCUCUGUUGCUGCCUUUCCAAGAACUCAGCCAAAACCUUUUAAAAAGAGGUGUCUUUCAAAUUAAUAAGGAAAUAAUUAUCCCCUAGAAGCUAGAUACUAUGUAGUUACAGUGAUAGUUUCCUCUAAACUUGGUGUUAAAUGUCAUGGAAAGGAAAUGAAAACCUGUCGCAGAUAGAAGCCAACUAGGAUUUUACACCCAUUAAAGAGCCAAUAAAUCUGUAACUACAGCACUGUUCAAUGAUAACAAACCAAUUUCGGAAGCGAUAAAACGUAUUCCCAGAAACGAUAAUAAACGCCAGUUGUGCCGGCAAAGUGGCACCUCAAAGAGACCCAAAGCAAUAAUCGUAAUGAAAGCGAUUAAAAGAAAUACAAACCGAAUAUUGGUGUUUUCUCGAUUCGGGGAAUCUCGAGCAGAAUGAUGAAAUCCGCAAUCUGUGCCCAUCACGCGGACAAAGGGACAUAAAUUCAGCAAGAGCUGGUGAAAUCCCGCUUUACGAUCCCCAGAAAGAUGUCACAUUAAUGGGCGAGAAUCCCAGAAGCCCCAAAUGUUUACAGAUUACUUAGCGGAGAGCAGGUGACGCCGGCUUUGGGCUGGCGCCGUCCACCUGGCAACCAUAAAUUAGAUUAGAUUCCGGCUUACACCGCGUGCCUCUCGUCAUUGGACAAUGGCAACCAGGUUGAGCGGAUUGCGGUGCCGUGACUUGCUGAUAGAGAUGCUUGGCAACAGAGAUCGCAUGAAUUAGUCUCGCAUUAAUUAGAAUACAUUUGCUGUUUUGAUUUUUGCAUAGUUUAGGUAUUUAAUUUUAAAAAUAUGCCUGUCUUUUACAAAACAUAUCUCUACAUUAAAAAUAUAUAUAUAUUUA